AUGGCAUCACGAGGGUCGUCGUCGCCGUCGACGCUGCCGAUCGCGAUAGCGAUGGCCGCCGUGAUGACAGUAGUGGCUAGUGGCCUUUGCCCGGCACGAUGUCGAUGCGACGACGAGAGCUUACGGGUUUCGUGUGCCUACGCUGGUCUCGAGGUCGUGCCGAUCCAGUUGAAUCCGGAGAUUCGCCACUUGGACCUGUCGAACAAUCGCGUGACUAAUGUGCACCUCACUUUCGGUUUCUACGGAAAUCUAGAAAGCCUCGAUCUAAGCUCGAAUCUCCUUCACACGUUGGGCUUGACGAAUUUCGGUAUGCAGCAGAAUCUGAUUACGCUUAACAUCAGUAGCAAUAUGAUCCACACUUUGGCGAGGAAUGCUCUAGACGGACUGACGUCUUUGAAAGAAUUGAACUUGGCCAGCAACAAUAUCUCGGAGAUAUCCGAACAAGCGUUCAAGUCCAUCAGCGAGUUGGAAGUGUUGGAUCUAAGUGACAAUUCGAUCACGAGUCUAUCCGAUGAGUUGUUAAAAAACCUGCAUAAGAUACGGACUCUGAUUCUGAACAAGAAUUCGCUAUUAGAAGUGCCGACGAACAAUCUGGCUCUGGCGCCAAGUCUCGAGCGUGUAGAUUUGUCGGAUAACUUGAUACUGGAGCUCGACCGAGAUUCAUUGCCAUCAUUACCAUCGUUAAUCUCCUUAAAUCUGUCGAACAACGUCAUCAGGUACAUCGCCGACGUUGCAUUUGAUCGUUUGCCGGAUCUCCGGUAUCUCGACUUAUCCGGGAACAAUCUGACUUCCGUGCCUACGGCCGCUCUGGCCAGAUUGAAUGUUUUGACAGGUCUCGUUUUAAGUACGAAUCCUCUCGGAUAUUUGGAGGCCGUAGCCUUUCGCAAUUUGUUCGAGUUGAGAAUCUUGGACCUGAAUGACUGCAUGAUCGCAAACGUGAACGCGCGGGCCUUCGCCGAUAACGUGAAUCUCGAGCGCAUCUCGAUGGAUGGCAAUCGGGAAUUGAAGGAGUUGCCAGCGCGAGUUCUUUAUGGAGCUCGGUACCUCAAGUGGGUCUCGUUACGUCGAUGCAGUUUGGCGACCCUACAGCCGACGCAGUUUCCUGUGGACGGACUGUCACAUCUACGAGUUGGCGGCAAUCCUUUGGUGUGCAACUGCUCAGUGCAUUGGCUGUGGAACGUGAUUCGUGCCGAGGAACGUCGGAAUGAGACACGACUCGAACUGGACACCCACGACAUCGUCUGCAGCGAUGAGGAAUUCGCUGGCAGAGCGCUGAUCGCACUUUCCGAGGGUUCUCUGCGGUGCCGCCUGAGUCCCCUGUAUCUAUCGCUAUCGGCCGCUGGUUGUUUCUUGGCGGCCGCGGCCGUGCUCAUCCUGAUCGCUCGGUUAACUCGUGCGAAGAGGAAGAGACAGUCACUGGCAUACGCGGCGCCGAAUCGUCCCGAGUUUCUGGUCUACGUCGGUAGAGGUGACAACGGGCUGGAUAAAAGCGCCGAGUCGUACAGCCGCCGAUUGUUGGCCAGAAACAACGAGGACAUUUCGUACGAUUCACCGCGCGGCAAAGUGGCGGCUGCGAUGGCGGCAACGACGACAGAUUAUAGUCCGCAAUCGCGGGAAACGAACAUCUACGAGACGCCGCGAUAUCCUGGACGUCGCGACGCCGUCGAAUCUACGUUGCAGGGCAAGCAACCUCCAGUGGAGGAAGGGGUGUACGCAGUAGCGGACGUCACAGAUCUGCGGGAUGAGCCUCCAGAAGUGCUAUCGCUUUAUCGUGCACGUAGUCCUCCCGUCGCCAGAUCGAAUGCUCUACGACGGUUGGAUUACAGUUACGAUUACGAGUACGAUUACGAUUACGGGCCGACGGCACCGCCAUCGCCGCCGCCAUCGCCACCACCACCGCUAUCCGAGAAACCGCAUGUCGUCUUUGUAUGAGAAGAGUUGAGCGGUGGGAGGUCGUAAGCUGGUGGGUCCAGUUGUGGCGAUAAUCAGCGAAUCUGGACAAUAGUCUAGUCGUUAGGCGGAACCAGAUACGCCGUCGACUCCGUAUCACGGGCCUUUAACUAUCCGAAACUCUCGAGAAACUUUCUCGAGAUUAUUGCCUCAACGCGACGUCUUGAUACUUGAGGCGUUGCGCCGUGUAUGUGUCGAGAGGACCAGUGUGUACUGGGACUUGGAGUGGCCGCGAGAAUGGUACGAGAAAAUAUGAAAGAUUUUACACCACACUUCGAAUCGCCAUUCGACCGUUAAGUUUACGCGACAUACAAUAUUGUUUGGAAACGAUUGCAUCGAUUCUAUCCGUGUUAACUUUCGUUAUCGGUCACCCUAUGUCUCAUUGCAUACGAGAACCAACGAACUGCAGAUGCAUUUCAGCACGGCUAAACGUUUGAGCAACGGUAAUGUUCGUUCGCACGGAUGGGCACGGAGAGAGAAGAGAAAGAAAAAGAAGAUAAAAAGAACGACAUCCUGUGUUCCAGACAGUUUGUA